AUCCUCUUCCUAAUCUCUAUCCUUGCGACCUUCAACUCCGUACUCAAAUGGCGGCCUCUCUCCUCGCCUCAUCUCUCUCCCUCUCCCGCUCUCCACCCUUUCCCCUUCUCCUCCUCCUCAAAAAACCCUACCUCUCUCUCUCACUCUUCCCAAUCUCAUCUCCCUCCUCCUCCUCAAACCCUUCUCUUCUUCGCCUCCACACGCACCGCCACUCUCUCCCUCUCGCUCUCCGUCCCCGCUUCAAACCCUACUCUUCUUUCACCUCCGCUCACGACUCGCCCGAGAGGGCCUCCCUGGGCGGAGAGGAUGUGCUUGUUCUCGGCAUUGAGACGAGCUGCGACGACACCGCCGCCGCCGUGGUUAGAGGCAAUGGGGAGAUUCUUAGCCAAGUUGUAUCUUCCCAAGCAGAUUUGCUUGCACGGUAUGGGGGUGUUGCUCCAAAAAUGGCUGAAGAAGCACAUGCACUAGUUAUUGAUAAGGUUGUUCAACAAGCACUUGAUAACGCAAAUCUGACAGAGAAGGAGCUUUCUGCUGUUGCUGUAACUAUUGGACCAGGCUUAAGUCUCUGCCUCAGGGUUGGUGUUAGCAAGGCCAGAAGAAUAGCUGGAAUGUUCAGGUUGCCUAUAGUUGGUGUCCAUCAUAUGGAAGCUCAUGCAUUGGUUGCUAGGCUAGUCCAGAGAGACCUGCAGUUUCCUUUCUUGGGUCUUCUUAUUUCAGGUGGACACAACCUUCUCAUUCUCGCUCAAAGCCUUGGUAACUAUGUUCAACUUGGGACAACAAUAGAUGAUGCGAUUGGUGAGGCAUAUGACAAAACUGCAAGAUGGCUCGGCCUCGAUAUGAGAAAAGGUGGCGGCCCUGCUCUCGAAGAACUUGCUCGCGAAGGUGAUGCAAACUCGAUCAAGUUUUCAAUUCCUAUGAGGCAACAUAAGGAUUGCAAUUUCUCAUAUGCGGGUCUAAAGACUCAAGUUAGAAUGGCUAUUGAAUCAAGAAAUUUAUGCGUAGAUGAUGUACCUCUUUCUGCUGCAACUUUUGAUGACAGAAAAUUGAGGGCAGAUAUUGCUGCCUCUUUUCAGCGAGUUGCUGUAUUACAUUUGGAGGAGAGAUGUCAACGAGCAAUUGAAUGGGCAUUGAAGAUUGAACCUUCUAUUAAAUGUUUGGUAGUUUCAGGAGGUGUGGCAUCUAAUCAAUAUGUAAGAUGUCGUCUGAAUCAUAUUGUGGAAGAGAAUGGCCUAAAACUUGUUUGCCCUCCACCAAGCCUUUGCACUGACAAUGGAGUGAUGAUCGCUUGGACCGGAAUCGAACACUUCCGUUUAGGAAGAUAUGACCCUCCACCUCCUCCCGAUGAGGCUGAAGACGCCCAGCUUGACUUGCGCCCGAGGUGGCCUCUGGGCGAGGAAUACUCCGAAGGUAGAAGCGUAGCUCGCUCUCUCAAAAAAGCGCGCAUUCAUCCGUCGCUCACGUCUAUCAUCCGAGGCUCUGCCAUGCAGCAAAAGUAGUUCGACGACAGUGACAAAAUUUGACUAUACUGUAGGAUAGCACUCGACACUAAUCUUAAAGUAUCAUCAAGUUCUAUCCAACGGUGGCGAGUGGAGCAUCUCUGCAUCACCAUAUAAUUUUUGUAAUCUGUUGCAGUAAACAGCAAGUUAAAAAGCAUCCUUUUCCCCCUUUUUUGUCUGAUAAUUAUAUUCUCGUGUAUAAACUUUGUAGAUGCGUAGUUACAUGCAGUUUCGCUCACCUUAUUUCUAUAAAUUGUCAUGUUUAAACACAGGUGAUUGGAUCAUCGUGUUCUUUUUGUAUUUUUUAUUGUCUCUGAGUUAAAAAGAAAAACUAAAGUGUGAAUAUAAACAGCGUGAUUCAA